AUGGAGGAAGAACACCCACAUAUUCGAGUUUGGGAGCAUGUUCACUUGCUAGACGUUUUGUACAGUUCAAUCGUGCCGGAAUUGCAAGAACCAUCGGAAAUAACUGAAGUCAAGGAAGAGAGAGAAAAGGAAGGUGAAGGUAAAGAUGAAGAAA